UGUGUGUGUGUGUGUGCAUGUAAAAUGUAAAUAAAUAAAUUAGUGUGUGUGUGUGUAUGUAUGUAUAUAUAUACUAAAUGUAGCGAACGGGGAUUAUCGACCUGAACAGGCCAACACCCCAACCUGGCCAAGCCCACCCAUAUGUUAUUGCGGGCUGGGCCCGGCCCAGCCCGAUGGGUAACUAUAUAUGCCCAUGCCCGCCCAUUUGUGCGAGUGGGCAGGGCGGCUCGGUUUUGUGCAGGUCUAGCCUCAUCAAUAACGUGUAUAUACAUACUUAUUUUAUAUGUCAAAGUGAGGCAUAAAAAACAAUCUAUAUCUUCUAUUACCAAUGAUUCUGGACAGGUAGUGACAUCAAAUGAAGGGAUUGGGGAAGCUGUUAUCUCUUUCUUCUCCCAUCUUUAUUCUUUAGACCCUAAUAUUGAAGCUGAUGAGAUCCUGCAACACAUACCCAAAAUUGUGAGUAAUGAAGAUAACUACAUGCUUAUGAAGCUGCCUGAGAGUGAGGAAAUUAAAAAUGCAGUAUGGGGCCUUAAUCAAAAUGGGGCUCCUGGUCCUGAUGGAUACAAUGGUAAGUUUUUCAGAAAAUGUUGGGAUAUUGUGGAUCAGGAUAUGAUUAGUGCAGUGCAGGAGUUCUUCUUGGGCAUUUCUAUUCCUCAAGGUAUAUCUAGCAGUCUGGUGACCCUUAUUCCCAAGGUGGAUAAUCCAUCUACAUUUGGAGACUUUAGGCCUAUCUGCCUCUCUAACUUUGUGUCCAAGGUUUGUACUAAAGUUUUAGCUGACACACUGUCCCUAAUUUUUCCUAAAAUUAUCUCAGCUGAACAAAUUGGCUUUAUGAAGAAUAAAGAUAUGGUUGAACAUAUAUUAAUAGCCUAGGAAAUGAUCCAUUCUUUGAAAAAGAAAAUAAGGGGUUCUAAUGUUAUUGUCAAGCUUGAUAUGGCCAAAGCAUUUGACAAAAUAUCUUGGAAGUUCUUGGAAGGGGUCUGAUAUUCAUGUAAUUUCCGAUUGUAUGUUUGUAUUUUUAACUAGUUUUUAUUAGUUCUAGUUGAGGAAAUUACACACUUUUGGUGUAAUACUUUAUUUUCAUAUUUAUUUGUAAUUUGUUUAGAUUAGGACUUUUCUGAGCUAAACAGGUCAAAGACCAUUAUUGGCGGAAGGUCACUAAAGUUGAGAUUAUUCUGAGAUAAUCGAUACUUGGAAUUAUUAUAAGCGGAUCGUCAAUAGUUGAGGUUAUUACAAUCAAUUUUUCCAUUAAUAUAUUCUCAAAUCUCAAGGGAAUUGGGAACUUUUAGUGGACCAAAAUUUGGGUCGGACAACUAAGAAGCUGUUCUCUUCGUCUUAAUCUUAUUACUUAUUCCUUAUUCUUAUUUUAUUCAGAUCAGAUCAGAUCAGAUCAGAAAGAUUCAGAUCAGAUCAGAUCAGAUCAGAAAGAUUCAGAUCAGAUCAGAUCAGAUCAGAAACAUUCAGAUCAGAUCAGAAGCAUUCAGAUCAGAUCAGAAGCAUUCAGAUCAGAUCAGAAGCAUUCAGAUCAGAUCAGAAGCAUUCAGAUCAGAUCAGAUUAGUUCAGAAAUUAUUAUUACUGUUAUUAUUACUAUUAUAUAAUAUUAUAUAUUACUGUUAUGUUUUACGGAGUAAUUUUUAGUAUUGAUUUUUUAAUAAAUGCUAAAAUUCAGUAAUCUCUACCAAUCCAUCUAAUCUAAAUAUAUAAUACUGUCACCAUUUGAUCGAGAAGAAUGAAUUGAAGUACAAACAUUUAUUCAAUAUCAACUUGCGAUUAUGGUAUCAACUUUCGCACUGCACAACUUUAUCCGUCUUUACGAGUUGGAUAUUCCAAUUUCAAGUGCAAUCAAAUAUUUUUAUUAUUAUUAAAAAGGUUAUUAAUAUCACUACUUAUUAUUAUUAUUAUUAUUAUUAUUACUACUACUACUACUAUUAUUGUUAUUAUUAUAAUUAUUAUUAUUGUUACGGAUUAUUAUUUUUAUUAUACUUAUUAAAUAAUAAUAAUACUUAUUAUUACUAUUAUAAUUAUUAUUGAUGUUAUUAUUAUUAUUGUUAUUGUUAUUGUUAUUAUUCUUAUUAUUAUAUACCAAUUUAGAAAGUUAAGAUCAGAUCAGAAGGAUUCAGAUCAGAUCAGAAACAUUCAGAUCAGAUCAGAAACAUUCAGAUCAGAUCAGAAACAUUCAGAUCAGACCAGACAGAUUCAGAUCAGAUCAGAAACAUUCAGAUCAGAUCAGACAGAUUCAGAUCAGAUCAGAUCAGAUCAGAAAGAUUCAGAUCAGAUCAUAUCAAAUCAGAAAAAUUCAGAUCAGAUCAGAUCAGAACUUAAAAAAUUCAGAUCAGAAACAUUCAGAUCAGGUGAAGAGAACAGCUUCUAAAACUCACAAAUGCAUAUCUUUCCCAAAAAAGGUUGACUUCCCAACCCAAUGGCCCCCCACGGGCCAACCCGACAUAUCAUAUGGUAAAAGGUUGACCUUAUACCCGUGUGAUCAGAAGCCUAAUUCAUUACAAAAGAAUUGUGAUCUCCAGUUGCCGUGAAUUUCAAUCUUGUUUAUUCUCUAACUUUCUCCCCGCUUUAUCAAUUGAGCAAUCUAUACGGGUAAAGAAAUACAUAUCUUGAAUGCUUGUAUUGCCGUGUUGGUGCGUGCAACUAAUUGGAAUGUCAUGGAAAAAUUGUACAGAUCAGAUUAGCAUCUCACGUGGGUAAGCCUUUAUUGCGACAAAAAUGUAUUCUUUGUCAAGGUUGAUCGGAGAACACAUACAGAGUUCGCAGACUCAUAAGUCGCCGAACAAACAGUACACUAAUCAAAGUUUGACUUGGCAUCUCUGAUCCGCACAUAUGGCUGCCGUACGAGAAAUACGAACACAAAAUAAUUCGAAGACAUUUCUUUCUAAGAAAAUGUUACACCAAGUUGUUUAAGUUAGUAAGUAAUAUUCCAUCUUCCACUUGAAACUACAAAAUACAUGAACUUACAUUUUUAAAGCCGAUUAAGUACAUUUGUUCUAUUAAAAUGUUAAAAUAGCUAAUCUAACCAAACAAUUAAUCUAUAACUCUAAUUUCCUUCAGUUCACUCGAUUCCAAGUGUAAGUUCACUCGAUUAAGUACAUUUGCUCUCAUAUUGGGUCUCGCUUCUCUCACUCUUCAUCUUAUUUUCUCUCGUCUGCUCUCCACGGGCGGAGUUAAGGCACUGGACCGAACUGGAGCAGUACAAAGAAUAUUUUUGAAAAACAAAUUACACAAAAUUUUACUUUAAAAUUAAAGCUUUUUUAAAUUUGAGGUGGGUCAUGGCCUAGGUUGAAACGAGUGGAGUGGAGGAAAAUAGAAUUUAUAGAUUAAUUAUUUGAUGACUUGGACUGCAAGUCUGCACGUGUAUAAUACAAGCAGAUAGUUUGGCCAUGUCAGCUAUUUUAACGUUCUGACAGAGCAAAUGUACUUGAUUGACUAUAAAAAUACAAGUUCAUGUACUUUAAAAUUUCAAAUGCAAGAUGAAGUACUACUUACUCCUAUCGAUACAACUUCAUGUAUCAUUUUGACCAUUUU